AUGCUGUGUCUCGAUAACACAGUUAUGGGUAUGUGUUUGUCUUCUUUGAUUUUGUCCGUGGUAUACACAAAACCUACUAACAUGCGUGAUUUACUGAUUCCUGAGAAAUACACUUAUACGGUGGCUGGAGAUAAAUUUCUCCAAUUCGACAGCUGUGCUUCAGAUAAUAGAAUUAUUAUCUUUAGUACGCAAAAGAAUUUGGAUUUGAUGGCGACAUGUGACCAUUGGUACGCUGAUGGUACAUUUAAAACGUCACCGCCAUUGUUUAAGCAAGUUUCUACAAUACACGCGAUUAAGUAUAAUAACGUUCUGCCAACGUUUUACUCACUUUUGCCUGAUAUAUGUCAAGAUACGUAUUCGAGUGUAUUGGAUAAACUGAAGCUGCUUAAACCAGGGCUGUCUCCAGUCAGUGUUAUGACCGAUUUUGAAAAUGCCCAGAUAAAUGCUUUUUCCCAUAAUUUUCCAGACAUCAGGAACAGAGGUUGUUUUUUUCACUUCAGUCAAUGCAUUUGGAGAAAAAUUCAGACAAUCGCUGACAUUCGAUCCAAAUACGAGGAUAAGGAUGAUCUGGAUUUUGCAUUGAACGUGCGAAAGUUGGCCGCUCUUGCAUUUGUUCCAGAGCCUGACGUAGUUGAUUGUUUUGAAAGACUUCUUCGCACAAAAUUUUAUAUGGAUAACGAAGACCUAAUGUCAGAUUUGGCAUCGUUCGAUGACCUACCCAAAACUAACAACGCCGUUGAAGGCUGGCAUCGAGGAUUCAGCUCUCUUUUAGGAGCAAAUCAUCCAUCUAUUUGGAAAUUCAUUGAGGGUCUGCAAAAUCAGCAGAGCCUAAAUCAAUUCCAAAUCAACCAGUACAUUGCUGGAUUACCACCAGCACAGGAACGACGGUGUUAUCGAGACACAGCAUUCCGUAUUAAAGAAAUCGUUGAAGACUAUGGGAAUCGCGACACCUCCGAUUAUUUGCAAGGAAUUGCUCAUCAUUUUCAAUUCCAAUCUUGCUAA